AUGGGACAUCACGUGCUCGCGGCGCUGUUCGCGCUGCACGCGGCAGCGCUCUACUUGUUCACCACGGGCUUCUUUCUCACUCGCUUCGAAGUCCCCGACGUAAGCACGUGCCACAUGCUGCCGUCCGACACGGACGUCGCUCUCUCUCGUCUCCGUCACGGCCACAAAAAUGCAUCGAUAUUGACCGGCGCUGCUCGAAACGACUGCUGGAUGCCCCGUCGCUUCCGUCGCGUCGUCUUUGUCGUCGUGGACGCGCUACGAUUCGACUUUGCAGUCUCUGGAGCGACCGGGCGGUCGACGUUCUAUAGCGACCGACUGCCAGUGCUCAACGAGACGCUGGCGAAAGAGCCGGGACACGCGCUACUGCUCAAGUUUGUAGCCGACCCCCCCACGAUGACGAUGCAGCGCCUGAAGGGACUGACAACGGGCUCGUUGCCGACGUUCUUGGACAUUAAGGACAACAUGGCCUCAAGCAGUCAGAUCGUCGAGGACAAUUUGCUGCGUCAGCUGCGAGCUCAGCACCGCGGCGUCGUGUUUAUGGGCGACGAUACGUGGGACGCGUUGUACGCGCGCGAGUUUACGCGUAAAUACGCAUUCGACUCGUUCAAUGUCAAAGAUCUGCAUUCGGUCGAUCGCGGCGUGACGACGCACUUGUUCCCCGAGCUCGACAAGCCGGAUUGGGACUUGCUCGUCGCGCACUUCUUGGGCGUCGACCAUGUUGGACACACGCACGGACCUAGCUCUGUCUUUAUGGCCCAAAAGCUCGAUGAGAUGAAUGGCGUCUUGUCGAAGCUGUUGCAGCAUUUGAAAGACAUGCCAGGUGGAGAAGAUGUGCUGCUAGCUGUGCUGGGAGACCAUGGCAUGUCGGCUGAUGGCAAUCACGGUGGCGCAACUGACGACGAGACUGGCGCUGCACUCUUUUUGUACAGCAAGGCACCGCUUGUUGUUGCUGCAAGCGAAGACAGUGAGGGUGGAAACGAGGAGCUCCAGAAAUAUGCAAAGACGUUGCGCGACAGCUUGCAAGAAGUUCCACAAGUUGACCUCGUGCCCACGCUAGCGCUGUUGAGCGGCUUGCCAAUUCCUUUCGGAAACCUUGGAAGCGUUAUUCCGUCGCUGUUUUUCGUGCCCCCGCCGUCAUCUGACGCCGUCACAAACAGUGCGUUGGCUGCAUUUCAGACCCUGAAUCGUGCGUUGCGACUGAACCUCGACCAGGUGCGGCGUUACCUGCUUCGGUACUCAUCCGCGUCCAAGCUGCCCGAAAGAGCGUACGAUCAGCUCGAAACGCUUUUUGACGAGAUUGUGCGUGUUGAGGAUCAACUGACACGAGUGCAAGGAAGUGGGGAAGUCCCUGCCUUGUCUGAAUCCGAUCUUUUGCUACUACUACGUCUCCACCACGAUCUAUCAAAGCAACAGCAGCAAUACCUACGUGAGGCGCUAUCGCUAGGGCGUUCCAUUUGGACGCAGUUUGAUCUGUGCAGUAUGGCCUGGGGGCUAAUACUGCUUACAUGGGCCUUUGUCGUUGGCGUUAUUUCUACUCGAAGUGCCAGUGCUCAUUCUAGACGUGCGUCGUGGAGUCUUCGACUUGGCGUCAUUGCUGGGAUGACCAGCGUGCUUUUCGUUUGCCCAGCAAGUGUCAAUCUACCGCUUCUUCCAGCAGCCCCAUUCUCGCGUGGUCUCGUGGCUCUCUCUUGCACCAGCCUAGCGACUAUGACUGUACACCUCAUGGGCCAGCGCAAAACAGGAGCGGGUGUUGACGGAUCAAAAGCAAACGUGGAAACACUGCUGUCUCCAGUUACGGGGGCUUGGGUGGUAUCCGCUGCUAUUGUGGUGCUCCACGCGCUUGCACUGCUCUCCAAUAGCUACAUCGUGACAGAGGACAAAGUCAUGCUGUACUUGUCCGAAACCACUGGGUAUUUCUUGCUUGUGUGCGCCCAGCGCUCGGUUAUCAAACGGAGCGUCGCCACGGCUGCCGCGCUAGCUUUCAUCGUUGCAACACGACUAGGCAGCGCGGUAGAGCCACCCAAUAUUAUCAAGGUAUCUGCGACUUUGGGGCGAACUUUUGCUCCGCUCGUUGUCAUUGCUGCUCUCGCUGUUGGCUCCUCUGUGCUUGUGACCAAACACACAAGCCACGAGCUCUCUCUCACGGGUCGACUAACGCUUGCGUCAUCGUUAUUGAGCUACUGCGUAUGUGCAAUCUUUUGGGCUGCAUCGCCCAUCCAAAGUACCUUCUGGAGACUGUGGCUGCCGCGAUCUGUGUAUCUGAUCUUCCUGGGAACGCUCAGUUGCCUGCUGUCGCGCACUGUACGGCCAAUCAUGCGGACGUUCUCUUGUGGACAAACAAAACGGCGACGGACAUCUGACAACUUGCUGUUGGCCUGGCAGUUCAUUCCAGCGUUCAUGCUAGUGCUGGGACCCACGUCUCCGUUGUCAGUAUUAUGUCUGGUGGUACAGUACCUGAGCUUGUCAUUCAUCGCCUCUUGCUAUCGGUCCGUUUUUCCGGCAUCAGGCAAUAUCGUGACGCCAUGGGUACUGCUCUGGGCUUCGUGCUCCUACCAAGCGUUCUUCACAACGGGCCAUGCAAACACAUUUACGAGCUUGCAAAAUGCCGCCGGUUUUGUGGGCUUCGACGACUUCAGCUUUUACGGUGCAGGCGUCCUUCUCGGCCUCAACACGUUCGGCUGCUUUGUGAUAGCCAUACUGGCGCUGCCUUGGUUGACAUUGGAUCGACCUUCUGAUGGACGCACAGUGGCUCUUGCUUUCUCGGCGUACUACACUCUCAAUGCAUUGGUAUCGACGCUGUUUGUCGCGCUCCAACGACGGCAUUUGAUGGUGUGGGCUAUCUUUGCGCCCAAGUUUAUCUUCGACGGAGUGACCUUGUUGGUUGUCGAUUUUUUGCUGCUUCUAUUGUACGCACCAUUUUCAUGGCAUGCUCAAUGCAUUCACAUCGAUUCGAGUAAAUGA